AUGUGGUUUGGUGUGAAAGAUCAUCAUCUAGAGUCUCCGCUCCGGACUAAAGACAGACGGCGUGCUUCCAUGUUGUUUGUGUUUCAACAAUUCCAUGCUCAUAAACGUAAAGUUUGUCCCACGAAUAGUUCUGUCGGCUGUUCGAUUAAUGUGAAUGUCGACUUUGAAGAUAUACAGUCCUCUAAGUAUCUCUAUGUUUUGAAAUUGGGAUGUUCUGAUCAUACUAAACAUACCAUCUCAAAACUAUCACCAAUGCGCGCGUUACAGAGUAACAACGUCAGAUAUCAACGAGUAACUAACCACCUUCUUCCUUCCUACGGAGGAGGAACAAUGGCAGAUAUCACUAUGAAUAACUCAGAUAUCUCUAUGUGUAACUGGCCUCCUUCUUCAUUUAGGGCGUUACCGAGUCAGAUAUCAACGUCAGACAUCAACGAGUAA